GCCAAACUGCGCGCGAAAUCUGUGUGGCGCGAAUUUGGGGCUUUCUGGUUUGCGUUUCCGAGCGAGCGAGUGUGGCGGCGUCCCGCAAAGUGAUUUGGGGAGGUACAACUGAUGAGAAAAAAAGAGCAAGAGAGGAAAGGAGAGACUUCUGCUGCCAACAUGCAGAGAAGUAUUAUGUCAUUUUUUCAACCCACAAAAGAAGGUAAAGUGAAGAAGCCGGAGAAGGAGACACCCAGCAGCAUCAGAGAGAAGGAACCCCCUCCAAAGGUGGCGCUGAAGGAGAGGAAUCAAGUGGUGCCCGAGCGUGAUUCUCCAGUGAAGAGGACAGGAAGGAAGGUAGCCCAGGUUCUGAGCAGUGAAGGGGAGGACGAAGAUGAAGCCCCUGGCAUCCCCAAAGUCCAGAAGCCUGUGUCAGACUCUGAACAGAGCUCUCCUCCCAGCCCUGACACAUGUCCAGAGAACAGUCCUUUCUUCAAUCGCAGCCCCUCCAUGGACAUCUCCCCAUCAGGAUUCCCAAAGCGUCGAACUGCACGGAAACAGCUCCCCAAACGGACAAUUCAAGACACUCUUGAGGAGCAGAAUGAGGACAAAAACAAAACAGCUAAGAAAAGGAAGAAAGAAGAAGAAGAGACCCCAAAAGAAAGCCUCACAGAGGCUGAAGACAUAAAACAGAAGGAAGAAAAAGAAGGGGACCAGCCCAUAGUCCCCUCUGAGCCCACAAAGUCCUCUGAAUCAGUAACCUUGACAAAGACAGAGAACAUUCCAGUGUGUAAGGCAGGAGUGAAACUGAAGCCUCAGGAAGAGGAACAGAGCAAACCUCCUGCUAGAGGUGCCAAGACACUGAGCAGUUUCUUCACACCCCGAAAACCAGCAGUGAAAACUGAAGUCAAACAAGAAGAGUCAGGCACUCUAAGGAAGGAAGAGACCAAGGGAACCCUGGAUCCAACAAAUUAUAAUCCUUCCAAGAAUAACUAUCAUCCUAUUGAAGAUGCCUGCUGGAAACAUGGCCAGAAGGUCCCUUUUCUCGCUGUGGCCCGGACAUUUGAGAAGAUUGAGGAGGUUUCUGCUAGGCUCAAGAUGGUGGAGACAUUGAGCAACCUGCUGCGCUCCGUGGUGGCCCUGUCCCCUCCAGACUUGCUCCCUGUUCUCUAUCUCAGCCUCAACCGCCUUGGGCCACCUCAGCAGGGACUAGAGCUGGGUGUUGGUGAUGGUGUCCUCCUCAAGGCAGUUGCCCAGGCCACAGGUCGUCAGCUGGAGUCCAUCCGGGCUGAGGUAGCUGAGAAGGGGGAUGUGGGGCUGGUGGCCGAGAACAGCCGCAGCACUCAGAGACUCAUGCUGCCUCCACCUCCACUUACUGUUUCUGGAGUCUUCACCAAAUUUUGUGACAUUGCCCGGCUCACUGGCAGUGCUUCCAUGGCCAAGAAGAUGGACAUUAUCAAGGGCCUUUUUGUUGCCUGCCGCCACUCAGAAGCCCGGUUCAUUGCCAGGUCCCUAAGUGGGCGGCUGCGCCUUGGCCUAGCUGAGCAGUCGGUGCUGGCUGCUCUUGCCCAGGCUGUGAGCCUCACACCCCCUGGCCAAGAAUUUCCCACAGCCGUGGUGGAUGCUGGGAAGGGCAAAACAGCAGAGGCCAGAAAGAUGUGGUUGGAAGAACAAGGCAUGAUCUUGAAGCAGACCUUCUGUGAGGUUCCUGACCUGGAUCGAAUCAUCCCUGUGCUGCUGGAACAUGGCCUGGAACAUCUCCCAGAGCACUGCAAGCUGAGCCCAGGGGUCCCUCUUAAACCAAUGCUGGCUCAUCCCACUCGGGGUGUCAGUGAGGUCCUAAAACGCUUUGAGGAGGCCGACUUCACCUGCGAAUAUAAAUAUGAUGGGCAGCGAGCACAGAUACACGUUCUGGAAGGUGGAGAAGUGAAGAUCUUCAGCAGGAACCAGGAAGACAACACAGGAAAGUAUCCUGACAUUAUCAGCCGCAUCCCCAAGAUUAAACACCCCUCAGUCACAUCUUUCAUUCUGGACACUGAGGCUGUGGCCUGGGACCGAGAAAAGAAGCAGAUCCAACCAUUCCAAGUGCUCACCACGCGCAAGCGCAAGGAGGUUGAUGCAUCGGAGAUACAGGUGCAAGUGUGUCUGUAUGCUUUUGACCUCAUCUACCUCAACGGAGAGUCCCUGGUUCGCCAGCCUCUGUCUCGACGCAGGCAGCUGCUCCGUGAGAACUUCGUGGAAACAGAGGGUGAGUUUGUCUUCGCCACCUCCUUGGACACCAAGGACACCGAGCAGAUUGCUGAGUUCUUGGAGCAGUCAGUGAAGGACUCCUGUGAGGGCCUGAUGGUGAAGACCUUGGAUGUUGAUGCCACUUAUGAGAUUGCCAAGAGGUCACACAACUGGCUCAAGCUGAAGAAGGACUACCUUGAUGGUGUGGGCGACACUCUGGACCUUGUGGUGAUUGGCGCCUACCUGGGCCGAGGGAAGCGGGCUGGCCGGUAUGGAGGCUUCCUGUUGGCUGCCUACGAUGAGGAGAGUGAAGAGCUUCAGGCUAUAUGCAAGCUGGGAACUGGAUUCAGUGACGAGGAACUGGAGGAACAUCACCAGAGCCUGCAGGCCCUGGUAUUGCCUACCCCACGCCCCUAUGUGAGGAUUGAUGGGGCAGUGGCCCCAGACCAUUGGCUGGACCCAAGCAUUGUGUGGGAGGUGAAGUGUGCUGAUCUUUCCCUGUCCCCCAUCUACCCUGCUGCACGGGGCCUGGUGGACAAAGAAAAAGGGAUCUCUCUUCGUUUUCCUCGGUUCGUCCGUGUCCGUGAAGACAAGCAGCCAGAGCAGGCCACUACCAGUGACCAGGUUGCCACUUUGUAUCGGAAGCAGAGUCAGAUUCAGAACCAACAAAGCUCAGACUUGGACUCCGACAUUGAAGACUAUUAACCUCCUGCUCUCCUGGGCCUGGGUGGAGGUUGAGAGAACAUGGGUACUGUUGGAUUGGUGGUGUUGAUUGGUGUGUGUGGAGUCGCAGGGUGAGAUCCUGGGGCUGGGAUGCUUCAUUUUCUUCAAUAAAUGACUUCUCAGAUGCCUCCUUGGUGAGGAGGUCUACACUGAGCUCUGUGGUAUGGCUCUGAGUUCACACAGGUGUUGAACAAGUUCCCUGCAGUCUGGCAGCUUCCGCCACUUGGGCUAUGGAACACUCAAAACAUGGCUAUUGCCACUUAGGACUAGAACAGUUCAUUUUAUUUGCUACAUGUUGUUGGUGCUAGUCAGUGGACAGCAGCAAUCAAGAGCUUUCAUGGUUUAGUUUCUUUGAACUCCCAGCACUCUGCCAGGUUGACACUGUUAGCUCUCUUUUGCAGCUAUAGAGGAGGACCCAGAAACUGCCAGCACCCUUGCCAGGAGCAUCAGCACUUAGUACUCUCAGUUCUGCAGGCAAUCACUCCCACAUCUUUCUAACAAGGUCCCCAUGCUUUGGGGAGAGAGUGGUGCCCAGGUGUGUGGUUCCCAUUUGUGCCACCUAUUGUCUUGUCACCAGACAUCACCUCAAUCUUUAGAAUAGCAUUUCAGGCAUCACUCCACAAGAUCAGGAAGUGACAGCAGCUGCUUUGCUAUGGCUGUGACCUCAACAUAAUGUCUGAUGUAUGACAGGUGCUCUGAAGUACUGGCUGAGUGCUAGCCUCCUUUGCACAUGACCAGAGACUAGGCAUCACUGCUAGUCUAACCCCUGUGUCCCUUUCCUUCUUUUGUGUGCUUCAGUCUUCACAGGGGGUACAGAUAGCCCUAGCCAGUUUGAUCCCAUGAAGGUCACCUGAGGUUGGAGAAGAUACAGGCAAGUUGCAAAACUCUAGCAAAUGUGAUAGAAAGGCUCCUAAGAUGAUGGGGAAAGUCUUCUAGAAAGCCCGGUUUUCUUGAGAUGGUCCUUGAAAGAAUUGGGCCCUGGCAGCUUUCUGGUGGAGGAGACAUGGUCUAGGAGGGUAGGGUAGACAACCAGGCAAAGUCCCAGAUCUGCACAGCUAAAGCCAUUCUUGUGGGACAUAGUAUGGCUCUAGUUAGGUUUUCUAUUGCUGUGAUAAAACGCCGUGACCAAAAGCAACUUGAGGUGGAAAGGGUUUAUUUCAGCUUAUAAACCUACAUCACUAUCACUGAGGGAAGUCAUUGGACCCAGAGGCAGAAACUAAUGUACAGGCCACAGAUAAAGUGUUAAUUUACUGGCCUCCUUCCUCUGGCUUGCCUGGCCUAUUUUCUUAUAGCACCCAGAACCACCAGCCCAAGAGUGGCACUGCCCAGUUGGCCUUCUCACAUUAAUCACCAGUCAAGAAAAUGCCCUACAGAUUUGCCUACAGGCAACCUAAUGGAAACAUUUUGUCAAGGUUCUGUUUUCCCAGGUGAACCCUACCUAGUGUCCAGUUGACGUAGCAGCUAGCCCCCAUAAAACCCCAUUCAAAGCAGUUGUCCUGGGCCUGGGAGAUAGCUCAGUCAGUAAAGUGUUUGCUUUGUAAAUGUGAAUACCAAAGUCCAGUCUUCCCCAGAACCCUCCAAGCCAGGCACAGUAGUUGAGGUGGUAGAGACAGCCAGAUACCUGGGGCUCACUGGCCAGACAGUUCAGCUGAAUUGACAGACUCUAGAUUAAGUGAAAGACCAGACCCACCUCAAAAAUAAAAAAUAAAAUACAGUAGGAGUACAUGAUUAAGGAAGACACUUGACACUGAGCAUACCUAGCACACACAUGUACAAAAAAACAUGUCCUUUGGGUCUUCUGUUGACUGCAGUUGACAUCCUGUCCAGUAUAAGGUAAGCCACAGAAGAACCUUGAAACACUGGAAUCAAGGGCCCUGGCCAGCACAGCCCUCAUGGGAUCCAGUUGUGCAAACCUGAGCCUGAACCAGUUGGCUUUCUACCUUCCAGACUUAUCACACGAAUCACUUAGACACCGUGAUUUCGCAUAGCCAAGCUGCAAUCCCGGCGGAAGCUCUGUGAUAUUUACUGGGAAAAGUCUUGUGUAUGACAAGGCUGUCUAAGAUGGAACUCGCUGUGAGACUCUUUGGUCGGAGAGAUCUGAGCUGAAUAUUCUCAUGGCAAACUUUGCCUGUGUGACUCUUCUCUGACCUGUUCCUUUACUUACGAGAUGUCCUUGAUAGCUAGAGGUGCGAGCAUCCAGGUGUGAGGGUUCACUAGGAGUUCAUUCUUUGAACUACAGCACUGGCCAUGAUUGCCUUUCAGAAGAUCCCCUGCUUUGCUUUUGAUUAAUUAUACAUUUAUCACUUAAAUACAUUGGAAUAAUAACCUCCCAACAAUAUAUAUAUAUAUAUAUAUUCAUAUGGCUACAAAUGUGUGGGUAAAGAGGGUUUUGACACUCUGGCAUGAAAAGCAUCAGUUACCAGUUUUAAAGUGUGCCUGAAGACUCUCAGUAGAAGGAAGUUAGGUGAUAAGGAUCACAGAUGGAUAGUCAUCAAUGGAGUUUAGACACAGGGACCUUAACUGAAUGUUCCCGCGAACUUUUGAACCUCUGAAAGUUUAUCUUUAAUUACAGAUGUUCUGAUUAAUGGAUGUGAUGCUCUGUACCUGUUCUCCGAAGUUUUUGCCUGAUUGAUUUUGUAUUUCCCUGUGCCAGAAAGCUUAGUCAUUCUUAGUAAUUACUUCUAUGGAUAUAAUUGCCAGUUUUUCUCUAUAUAACUG